AUGAAGGACGGUGGGAGUUUGUUUGUCUGCAGUUCGACUGAGAAUCUGUUUCUCUUUGCUGCCAGCUUCGCUGAGGUCAACCAGACGUCUCUGGUGUGGUUUUGCUCUCCCCGCACCUCUUCCCAGUGGCUGGACCACUGGGCACGGCAGAGGCUGAAGUGGUGGAGGAAGUUUGCCCUGUCCCCCUCUGACUUCAGCAGCAUUGAGGUGCCUGAGAACGAGCUUCAAGAGACGGCGUCUCGGGGGAUGAAGAUCUUGUUCAAUUUCCCAUGGGGUCCCGAAUCCCUGGAGACACUAUGGUGUCGAGGAGACGCAGAACUUCUGCAGACAUACAAGGGGGUCCGCAGCAAACUACAG